AAUAAUCCCAAAUAUUUAUACCAACGUCCAUCGAAGUUCCACAUUGAUCAAAAGCAGAUACAAUCUGUAAUUCCUCAUCUCAUUUUCAUCCAGACGAACAACGCUCACAACGUUCACCUAACUGUCUUGCUUGACUCUCGUUUACCUUUAUCUUCCCAUCCGGUUACCAUUUUUCAAGUUCACUGGAAAGUAUUCCGAACUAUUCCAAGUUCCCGCUUGCAUCAUGCGGUAGUUUCGUUUGGUUUUCCUCGGCAAUAUUAAAAAAUUGGUGAAAUGAGAAAUGGAAGUGAAACAACCUUAUGUGCUGGCAGCUAUCGUUAUAUCUUUCAUAGUUAUUGUUAUUAUUUUUCUAACCAGUUCCAACAAAGACGAGACAAGGCCCAUAGAUGAUCGUCCUGAUGUUCCAAGAGCUGUUAAAGGGUGGCCCCAAGAUGAUUUGGAAUUGGGUCAAGUGUCAGGAGUUUCGGUAAAUUCAGCAUUACAGCCGGUCAUCUUUCACAGGGCUGAUAGAGUCUUCGAUCAGUACACGUUCAACGCAACAUCCCAUUUCCAACAUAUAAGCAGAGGACCCAUAACGCAGUCUACAGUUCUCACAUUGGAUCCAAAGACUGGUAAAGUUCUUGGAAGAUGGGGGGAUAAUUUUUUUUAUAUGCCUCAUGGAAUAACCAUAGACAGACAUGAUAAUUUAUGGAUUACUGAUGUUGCCAUGCAUCAGGGAUUUAAGUUCAAACCUGGAGAACUUGAACCUACUCUAGUAUUUGGAGAAAAAUUUCAACCCGGUCCUGAUGAGAACCAUUUAUGCAUGCCCACAUCCUUCGCAAUAGCCAGUACAGGAGAAAUAUUCUUAGCAGACGGAUACUGUAAUAGUAGAGUAUUAAAAUAUAAUGCACUUGGACAAUUGUUGAAAAUUAUACCCAGCAAGGAUGAAUUCCUGCCGUUACAAAUACCUCAUGGGAUAACUCUCCUAGAGUCCCUAGAUAGAAUAUGCAUUGCUGACCGAGAAAAUAUGAGAGUUGUGUGCCCGAGAGCAGGACUCUACAAUUUCGAGGGUAAAAAAGAUCCAGCCCUGAUAAUACAAAAGCCGGAUAUGGGAAAAGUCUAUGACGUAGCAGCCAAAGGAAAUUUAAUAUACGCCGUGAAUGGACCAACCGCAUCCUUCAUAAAUAUUGAAGGACUGACCAUUAAUCCGGAAACCGAGGAAAUUAUUGACAGAUGGUCACCACCAGAGGGAUUCGGACUACCACAUGCGAUAGCAGUUUGCCCAAAUGGUUCUAGUUUGUACGUGGCGGAAAUUCAUCCAAACAAGAUUUGGAAGUUUGAAUUGGUGGCACCUAACUGAGUGAACUGUUUUCAUAUAAGCAUAACCUGUACAAUAAUCUGCCCAUUGCAAUGCUAUCAAUGGGGAGAAAUCAAUAAGUUCGAAACUAAUUUAUGGAAUGAUUAUCAGAGCUGUAAUAUAUUUUAUUUUUGUUGAUUUUGUUACCCUAUAUAAAAUUAUCGUUCCAAAA